UCAUCAAAAUACAGUUUUUGUAUGGAAAACUUUUUUAUUAGAAAAUAUAUCUUUAUGAAAUUUUACAUAGAUUUUUAUCCAAGGCAACGCUAUAAUCUCCGUAUAAAAUUAUUUAGAUCGAACCACUAAAGCAUAUAGCUGCCAUAUAAACUGUGCGGUCAAAAUAAAGAUAAUGUUUUAUUUUAUACCCUUUUAUGCUAUAAAAAAUUCAGCUGUGAAGGGUAUUACUGCUUCGGUGCAUAUAUAUUUUCGCCACUGCAACCGCUGCAACCAACACAGGCACAGCGCAUGCACAUCCUUAUACUUGUAAAUUUGUAUUAAUGUGCAACAAACACUGAUUUACUACCACAAAUACGCCGGUUGGAGGCAGUAGUGCAUAUAAAAUUGCUGGCUGUGCGGGACAACUAUAUACAAUGAGCAAGUUUAAGCAUGUACACACAAAUAUACAUACACUGCUACAUGCAAGUAUGUGUAUAUGUUUGCACGCUUAUGUGUCCCAUAGCGGCCACUCAGUUUUAUCUGGCGAGUCAGUAAAUAUUCGUGAGAUUUACAACACGCCUGAAAAUAUUGGCUUUUGGCAUGGCGGCGGCAGUAUAUCGUUGGCGUACAUAGCGUGAAUUCGCGGCACGCUUUGUUCGUUGCACAUUCCGCUGCAUUGUCAACGCUAAGAACGGCUCUGUGUAGAUAUAUUGAAAUCGCANAGUGCCGAGCAAAAGUAACUGGCACACAAAGCAUUUUGCAAAGGGAGCAUGCGAUUUCGAUUUUUUUCUUCAGCUUAAGUAGAAAAAAUUAAACGCUAUUGUUUUCGGUGCAUUGUGUCAAAUAGUAAAGAGUGCAGAAAAAAAGUUCAAAAAAUACUAAAAAAAACAAAAACAAAAAACUCAACGUGCCAAGCAACUGCUGCGACUACAACACACAAACGCUUUUGCGGCCGCAGCGCUGUGACGCGUCACAACAAAGCAAGCCGCCGAAAUAAAAAACUACAAAAACAAAAGUUAAAAAAUAAAAAUAAAAAACAUUUACAUUGAAACAGUAGCUAAAGAAAUAUCGUUAUAGCGGCAAUACAUCCGCCGUUUCGUCAACCUGCUUGCAUUAGGGUGCUGUGCCAUAAAGGCGUUCCCCGCACAACGCCGCUAAUUAACUGAAAAUCGCCUGCUGAAAUAUUCAUCCUGUCUAUUUGAGUUCGAUUGUGUCAUUGUUGUUGUUGUUUGUUUUUUAUUUGCUUGUAUUUUUCGUUCUGUUAUUGUUGUUUGUUUGUGCUACGCCGCCACACAGCCCAUUGUUGUCUGUCUGUGCCUUUCGCCGCGUUCACCGCAGACACUGCGACGCCAUUGAAUUGCAUGUUUGUUGUUGUUGUUGCCAUUAUUUAACAGCGCAUCGUUAAUUGCAACAUCCGUCGCCGCCAUGUUGGUACCGCCGGAUAUGUUGGCGGCGCAAACGCGCAUGAUUUAUCAGAUGAAUCGCUUCUGUGCGGAGCGCGUACAGGCGCGUAUGUUCAAAACGGCCACAGCUAUAAGAGAGAUUUGCAAAAUCGUGCAAGAUAUUUUGAAGGAGGUGGAAUUGCAAGAGCCGCGUUUCAUCUCCAGUUUGGUGGAGUGCAAUGGCAGAUUUGAGGGCGUUCAAGUGAUCUCGCCGAAUGAAAUCGAAAUCGUCUUGUACCUCAAUCAAAUGGGUGUUUUCAACUUUGUCGACGAUGGCACCCUGCCCGGCUGUGCGGUGCUCAAGCUGAGUGAUGGACGCAAGCGUUCCAUGUCGCUAUGGGUGGAAUUCAUCACCGCUUCGGGUUAUCUGUCUUCGCGUAAGAUACGCUCACGUUUUCAGACAUUGGUCGCGCAGGCGAGUGACAAGAGCAUUUAUCGUGAUAUGGUAAAAGUGAUCGGCGACACAACGGAGGUUAAGCUGCGCAUACGUGAACGUUUUGUCGUACAAAUAACGCCGGCAUUUAAAUGUUCCGGCAUAUGGCCGCGUUCGGCGGCCCAUUGGCCACUGCCACAUAUACCCUGGCCACAUCCGAAUAUAGUAGCCGAAGUGAAGACGGAAGGCUUCGAUUUGCUUUCGAAAGAGUCAAUUGUCAUGCAGAAUAAAAACAAUAAUGCCGCCAUGGAGGGCGAUGCGUGGGUGCUGAGUUUCUUCGAAGCGGAAAAUCGUCUACUGCAGGGUGGCUGCCGUCGUCGCUGUUUAAGCAUUCUCAAGACAUUGCGUGAUCGUCACCUCGAUCUGCCCGGCAAUCCGAUCACCGCCUACCAUCUAAAGAAUCUACUGCUCUACGAAUGUGAGAAACAUCCGCGCGACUUCGAAUGGGACGAGCCAUGCAUCGCCGAUCGCAUCAACGGUAUCUUUCUGCAGCUAAUCUCGUGUCUACAAUAUCGCCGAUGUCCACACUAUUUCCUACCGACACUCGACAUGUUCAAAGGCAAAUCGCCCAGCUCGCUGGAGCAGGCGGCCAAGCAGGUUUGGUGUUUAACGCGCGAAAUGCUGACCAAUGCGAAUGCUUUCGAGAAGCUCUAAAGCCAAUGUAUGCGUGUAUUUAUGGUAUUGAUAAAAAACAAAAAAAAAAACAAAAAAUAAAUAAAUAAAUAGAUUGUUAUAGAUAGCGCAACAACAACUACAACACAUUAGCAUUAAGAAUAGCACUCAAAAGGCGAAAGCGUGGAGCUGCAGGCAAAUAUUGCAAGCAGCUGAGCGCUGAGCCAUCACAGCAGUCAUGCUUAUGUGUAAUUUUGUAGUUACAUACAUGUAUGUAUGUAUGUAUGUGUGUAUGUAAGUGAGUACUUUUCGCGAUUGCAAUGCGCUGAUAAGACUGAUAGCAUUGGUGUCAAUUGGCUGCUGUGUGAGUGUCGCUCAAUCGACGUGGGCUCUGAGGAUGUAGCGGCAUGUCUAUGAAUAUAAAUGUGUAUGCACACACAUACAUAUGUAUGUACAUAUAUGCUUACACUGCAACACAUGCAUAUGUUGCAUGUGUUUUGUUGUUCAGAGUGCAUGCUGCAUGCCACAUCUUCCAUGUGAAGUGCUAAAAAAUCGCAUUAGAUAAAAUCUGCAACAGAAAACUACUUCAUUUUCAAAUUGUAUUCAUGGCGAUUUAGUAAGGCCUUCCGGCACUGAGCCUCUAGCAGCCGGCAAAAAGUUAGAUUCGCAGCGAUAUGAACGCGUGUACACGCUUGUAGUUAUGUCUGUCUAUUCACAAGCAUGCAUAUGUUGAUGUGCCGCCGGAGAUAACGUCAUCUAUGGGAUUAUCCUUGCGUUAAAUAUCCUUUUUUAUGUUAUUUGGCACUCGUCUUUUAUGCGCUUCGUAUAAAAGGUGAAAAGUUGCAGUUGUGUAGUACUUCGUAUGGAUAUUUGUUCUGCACAUGUGUAGACGCGUAUAUGUAUUGUAUAUAGCUAUACAUAUAUGAAUAUAUGUACGCACGAAUAUCAUAUAUAAUCGUCAUAGAAGCGCUUCGCCGAUUAACUUUGCAAUCAGCUGUCGAGCAUGUAACUGUGUAUACGAACAAUUUUACAUAAGAAUUACUAUUUAUCUACUUACAUACAUAAUACUAUAUGAUAGUUGUAAAGCUGCUCUUUACAUUAUUAAGCUUCUAUUUUGAAAUGCUCUAUGUAUUAGUAUAAAAGAUUGAUAAAAUUUCAAAUAUUAUAAAUAUUUGUAAAAAUAUAUUUAAUUUAAAUAAUUAAUAAUUAAACAUUUUUGUAAUGUUUUAAACAUAUAAUACUAUUAAUGUACUAAUGUAGUAUGCCAAAUGCGUUAGUUUAUACUUAAUACAAUUUUUUUAUAUGAGCUACACAGUACAUAGUACGUACAGCACAUACUUACACGUUUAAUAAUUAAUUAACUAUUGUAUUUAUAUUUCACUAAAUUUGUUAUGAACUACUACCUAGUGUUAUAAACAAUGUAUAAAAUUUUACUACUUCCUUAAAUAAAUAUAUAAUACUUUUUAAUGUUCGCCACAAACAAAAACAUUGCUUGUUGUGCUAUAUUUAUGGUAUGUUGGCAACUCUGCUCAAAAUAUGUUUAAUAGUUAGAAAUUUAAAACUUCUUAAACAGCAUUAGGACUUUACACCAUUAAAAACAAAUAAUAUUAUCUGACCUAC